GCGGGCAGAGAAACAGGAAACAGGAACUACACAAAUACGGUCCAUUAUUUAGAUACAGAGUCUUUCUAUACGCCACUGAAUCCUGAAACAAGUCCGAGUCGUCCUACGUACGACUAUGUGGACCCGAGUGGAUCAAACCAUAUUCUAACAGAGAACGAGCGGUUUCCGUCCACAAAGAAAACGCCAGAUCCUAUAAUGCGGUCACUUAUACAGGAAAGGUGUCGUCUGCGGACUGCGGUUGUCGUUUGCUGCCUAGUGACACUUACCAUCGCUGUCGGAUUUAUCUUGUAUUAUGUAACAAGCCACACAUGUACAUGCACAAAUCGAUCGUCUACACAACUUUUACUGGAAUGUCCCCCAAACUUUAUCAGCUCCAAUAAUUCCUGCUACUUUGUCAAUUCGGCAACUAACCAAAAUUGGACAGAAUCUCAAACAUUUUGCCAGAAGCUAGGGGCUAACUUGGUGGCCAUUGAGUCCCGUAUGGAGAACGAAUUCAUCAUCAAUAUCUUAAGACUAAACAACUUCGCCGCCAUCACAUCUCCCCCUGCCUGGUGGAUCGGCGCCACUGACACCCAGACAGAAGGACACUUCGUAUGGGCUGUGUUGAAUACCACUGUGGACACGUGGUUUGGCCCGGAUCCAGACAACGCCAUCAGAGGGCAGGACUGUGGUACAAUACGAGCCGACUGGAACUAUACCUGGGACGACAUCACGUGUCUCGCCCGACGAGGGUGUAUUUGUGAACUGCGAAUUAAUGAGUCGACUGAUUAACUGGCAGUUACGUCACGUUCUUUACGUCACGUUAUUGUGGACUUUGAAGUUAUGAGUGCAAUUUUUCGUUUCUGCGGCAUUGUUUUGUUCCGUGCUCACGUCCCUGGUAUGCCGUUCUUGUUCAUCUGAUUACUUAGUACAAUACCACGUUAAUCCUUGUAGGAAAAGGUAUAAAAGUGAUGUAGUCGUGAACUUUGCCAAGUUAACCAUUUUAUAUACGCCGGAUUGAUCUCUAUGAAAUAUAGAAAUUCUUAGUCUAAAACACCAUUCUGGUUUAACGCACAGUUUUUAAUUGUACGCACAUGCCUGUAUUGAGUCAACUUUUUUUUUUCUUUUCGACUUUUUCGUCUUAAUUAGCUUUCUUUCCAAUUUCACAUUGAUGUAAUACAAUAACAGAUACAUUCCGCAUAUCUCCUACACACCUGUAGUGUCAGAAUCAACUAUUUAAUUAAGGAAACCAAAUGGAAAACUAAGUAUAUAGGUUAAUUGAUAAUUUGUCAGUUAAGGCAAUUUUUAUGAAUGUCAAGCUAAGAUGAGACAAAGAGUAUACAGAAAAUAAAAAAAUCUAAUAAUGUGUUUUUCUUAUUGUCCAUCACUAGAAGCACAAGUCUGUUAUUUUGUCGUAACGGAGUGCCAAAUGCGGUUUUAAUCACAAAAUAUUUUUCUUCAAUUUAUUUUCACAAUUGUGGCAUUUUAAUUCUCUCUGGAUCUGCCAAUGUUCCAGAACGUCAAUGCCGUGCUGGAUUCAAGUGUUGGGCGAAGUUUACGACCAGAAAUUAACUAGGUGGUGUCGUCAGUUCUAUGCAUAUCUCUCAUGCAGAAG